AUAGGGUAAGCCAUUAUUCCCAAAUAUUAUUAUUUUGUAUAAUUAUGAGGGUAGUUGUUGCGAAACAGAGGGUUGCGUAAGUCAGAGAGGUGAGAAAAAGAACAAAUGGUAAAGCGUGCAGCUCGCUCGUCAACAUGGGAGGAAAAAUUGAAGGUUGAAAGGCUCGCGAGUUUGUCAGCAAACGGGAUUUCUUGCACAUUGUAAGAGUAGCCCGGAGGGCUGGCGUGGACUCAUGACAGCAGAACACUACAUAGGCAAUGUGCGGUGGUGAAGAAGAGGCGUAUGCUGGAGCUCCAAGCGAUGAAGGAAGCAGGCUGAGCUUAACGCUGUGUUGUUUCGAUCGUUCUCUCUAUCGAGUGCAAAGGAAGCUUGUCUGCAAGACCCACCCGUCGAGAAGGUACGGAGACUCAGCGAUGCAUCCCCGGUGGGUACUAUCCUCUCCUUGUGGAUGAGGGCGAAGUGUCAGGCCAAUCCUAAUUAGAGGAGUGACUUUCGGGUGGGUGAAGAGCAGAGCCCCUGUCCAAAGCAUAACUAGAGGAGUGACUUUCGAAAGAGAAGGACAAACACAACGAAAUAUGUGUAAAAAGUUUCGAAUUCGGGAUCUUCUGCUGCCCUAAUUUCUUGAGAAACACAUGAAUAAUCGAUUGGAUAUGCUAUUUCGGAUGAUGUAGAAAGUGAAGAUGUUGGGAUCCUUGGCUUACUCGAGGAUUAUGCCAUUAUGGGGACUACAAAUUCAGGGAGUGUGGAUGUCAGUCAUGAGUUGUAUUGAAGCAUUUCAGUCUAUGUGGUCUCGUGUUAAUUUCUCUAAAUUUAGAAACGGAAGAGUAUAAAGCAAAGGCUGGGAGAUGCAACAACAGCUGGCAUGUAUAAGCUCCUUUUCAGCACACUGCAUGACAAAGUCACAGUCUGUUCUAGGACUUUCUGCCUACCCAAAGGUGAUGAUGCAAAUAAACGGACACUGAAUCUGCUGUCUAUGCAGCUGAAGUUUCAGACAACAAUGAUCUUCUCCCUCCUCUAAAACCUGAUAUUGGGUAAGGUCUUGGAUAAGCUCAGUGACGCCAUCCACUCCAUCUCUCGUCAUGGUUCCAAAACUCGUCCAAAUCGGCCGGCUAGGAACACAGGUGAGGCGAGAUGGAGUUUUCUCUGAUACACGUUUGAACAAACAGCUGAUGGUCAUUUCAAGACCAGCAGCUUCUCAAUAGAUAGCAGUACAGCAAUGGCGACUUUUGCUGUGAAAGGAGGAUGUCCCAGUGACUACAUAGCCAUCUCCGUCGCUAUCGCCUCCUUAAUCUUGUAAUUCCCUGCUUCAAUUAUUUACACAGAUCGGAAAAGACGCAGAAAAACCCCUAGGAAGGUGCAGGGUGCCCAAUGUGCAAACUGGGAAGCUCAAGCAUGAAGAACUGAAGGCAACAACAGAAAGAAAUCCAGCAAUUUAUACCCUUCUUCCGUUACACGUUUUAUCGUGUUCCUACAUGAACUCUUCUCUAAAUAUAAAAAUGGAGAAUGGGGAGCAAAUGGUUUGCCAUGAACAAGGAAAGGAUAGUGAUACACAAGAAAUCGAUGAAUCAGAGAAGUUAAAUUGUGAAGAUCAGCCAGAUUCACUCAAUUCCUAUGGAGCAUUUUACACAGAUAAAGUAAUUAAAAAUGCAAUAGUUUGUAACCAAGUGAGAAAUAUCGGCGUAAGCAACAGUUUGAGGUUGUGAUCAUAAACCUAUCCUACUUUUCUGAUGAGUCUUCGCACUCUGAAGCAUUCAAGUUGGCAUUGAAAGAGAACGGUAUAUCGUCUUGGUGCCUUGGUGGGAGCUGUCCGACCAUGUUAGCCGAAGGCUUUACGAAAUUGUUAAUGUUCAUAUGAAGAUGAUGUAAUCAUUUGGGCCGGUGGUGGGCGUUCUGGUGAGCUAAGUGGACGGGCUCUUAUGGAGUGGAGGGGCUCAAGGAACUUAUAUCCUGUAUUCCUGUCACUAGAAAGGUAACCUAUCCUGUCACACCACCUCCACCACCACUCCCACUAGCCCCACCAUCACCACCACUCUCACUCCCACUAGCACCACCCUCACCGGCACCACCACUCCCACUCCCACUCUCACUAGUGGUACCACACCUGCCCCGAAUGAAAAAAAACCAAAAUUUCCCCCUUUGAAGGAAAGUCCUCUACGCCUUCUCCUUUUAUCCUCUUGUGGUUUUCACUACAAAUUUCACGAGUUAUAAAAUCAAAUUUUAUGAAAAUCUCUUUUAAAACUAGUUCCCCGUCACUCUUCUUCCUCUUAUUAGCCUUUCGCCUCAUUCUCUCUCCUUCUUCCUUUUUCUCAUGCCUUUUAUCAUUUCUUCCACAUGAUCCUCCUUUUUUUUCCCUCUUUCUCUUCUCCCCCCACCCCUAAAAUGGGAUUCACAGUAGCCCCGAGCACUUUUUUAAAAUAUUUGCUUAAAAUAAUAUGGACAGAGGAAGCUUGAAUACCCACAAAGUUAGGAAAUUUUUAGAAGCAGUAGGAUUGUGGUUUUUGCAUUUUCUUUGGAGGUAUUUUAGUAUACCCUCCCCACCCACUUUAUGAAACAGGUCUAAAGCUGUCUAAAAAAAUGUUAUGGGCUGAUAGUGGGUGAAAAUUAUAUGGUUUCGAAAAUUCCUAGAAAGUAUAUCUGACAUUUGUUUCUUCUCGAUCUUUCUAUGAGGCAAGUAUUUAAAAAGUUCAUUACGUAGAUCUGCAGGUAAGGCGGAUACUUUGAACUGUGGAAUAUGAUGUUUAUCCAAACUGCUAGCUCCACAAGGUUGAUACACAGUGUGUAUCUUACUCAAAUGUGGGUCAUCCAACCAUUGCUCAGAGGAAACUGCUUUUACAACAUAUAAACUACUGGGAAAUCUAAUGGCAAGAGAAUAAAUACGUUUAUGAGGGUUGGUAGGAAGUGACGCAGGAAUAUAACCUUGAAUAGAAGCAUCUCAUUUCUUUCUUUUUUUCUUUCUUUCUAUCGUUCUCUUAGCCCUUUUAUUAGCUUCCUUUGUCUCCCGGUUAUCCCCUUUUCUCUUUGUCAUUUUGGAAAGCAAGUUAAUACAGUGAUCAAGAACGACGAGUCGACGAGAAUGGAGUCGGGGAGUUGGCGAUUUUGGGCGUAGGUUGAUCGCUGUAGUUAGGCGCAUGAUUUUGGUUUGGAUUGUAACACUAUUGUUUUUGGGCCAUUCAAAAAUCCGGCCUUGUAUAGUUGGACUGGGCAGCCUUGCCCUUGGCCGACCCUGAGUAUUAGAGAAUACACAAAGAAGAGCAGCCGUUAGAACAUAGACCUGCACAAAAUUGGGUCGGCCUGCCUAGCCCGCCCGCACAAAGGGCCGGUGUGUAAAUAUAUAUGCUCAAGCCCGCCCCUUUGUGCGGGCGGGCUAGGCAGACUGACCCAAUUUUGUGCAGGUUUAUGUUCUAAGGAUUGCUCUUCUUCGUCUAUUCUCUAAUACUCAGGGCCGGCCAAGAGCAAGGCUGCCGAGUCCAACUAUACACGGCCAGAUUUUUGAAUGGCCCAAAAAAAAAUUAGUGUUACAAUCCAACCCAAAAUCAUGCGCCUAACUACAGCGAUCAACCUGCGCUCAAAAUCGCCAACUCCCCGAUUCCAUUCUCGUCGUUCUCGAUCACUGUAUUAACGUAUUUCGCAAAAUGACAAAGAGAAAAAGGGAUAACCGAGAGACGAAAGAAGCUAAUAAAAGGGCUAAGAGAGAAAGAAAGAAAGAAAUGAGAAUACAAUGGAAGUUGAAGAUGCUUCUAUUUAAGGUUUUAUUCCUGCGCCACUUCCCACCAACCCUCAUAAACGUAUUUAUUCUCUUGCCAUUAGAUUUCCCAGUAGUUUAUAUGUUGUAGAAGCAGUUUUCUUUGAACAAUAGUUGGAUGACCCACAUUUGAGUAAGAUACACACGGUGUAUCAACCUUGUGGAGCUAGCAGUUUGGAUAAACAUCAUAUUCCACAGGUCAAAGUAUCCGCCUUACCUGCAGAUCUCCGUAGUGAACUUUUUAAAUAUUUGCCUCAUAGAAAGAUCGAGAAGAAACAAAUGUCAGAUAUACUUUCUAGGAAUUUUCGAAACCAUAUAAUUUUCACCCACUAUCAGCCCAUAACAUUUUUUAAAACAGCUUUAGACCUGUUUCAUAAAGUGGGUAGGGAGGGUAUACUAAAAUACCUCCAAAGAAAAUGCAAAAACCACAAUCCUACUGCUUCUAAAAAAAUUCCUGAUUUUGUGGGUAUUCAAGCUUCCUCUGUCCAUCUUAUUUUAAGAAAGUGUUCGGGGCUACUGUGAAUCCCAUUUUAAGGGUGGGGAUAAGAGAAAAGAAAAAAAAGAGGGAGGAUCAUGUGGAAGAAACGAUAAAAGACAUAACAAAAAGGAAGAAGGGGAAGAGAAUGAAACGAAAGACUAAUAAGAGGAAGAAGAGUGACGGGAAACUAGUUUUAAAAGAGAUUUUAAUAAAAUUUGAUUUUAUAACUCGCGAAAUUUGUAGUGAAAACCACAAGUGGAUAAAAGGAGAAGGCGUAGAAGACUUUCCUUCAAAGAGGGAAUUUUUUUUCAUUCGGGCAGGUGUGGUACCACUAGUGGGAGUGGUGGUGCCGGUGAGGGUGGGGUGAGAGUGGUGGGGCUAGUGGGAGUGGUGUGAGCAGGAAUAGAAGCGGUGAGGGCGGUAGAGGGGUGAGGGUGACAGAGGUUGGAGAGGCAGUUGGCCUAGAAGGGGUUAUGGUCAUGGUAGGGGGCGAAGGUCGCAGAGGCUAGAUGGGCAGUAUGGAGCUCCUUUUAGGGAGGAGGAUUGGGCUGAUGAUGAAUUUGUGAAAAUCACUACUAAGUUUGACAUUGUGCCUGUUGAUCACAAUGUGGACGAAGUUCCUCCUGCAGAUAGCUGUAGAAACGCGCAGGUAGAUCCCUCAUUGGUUGAUGUUGAGGAGCUUUUGAACAACACAGUUGAUGAUCAGGCACCAUUACCAGUAAAUCUUGAUGGCUUUGAACUGGCACUACCUCAGUUUCUUGGAGAAGAGACACGUAGCACUGUUGUUAAUGGAUCCAUUGAGGAUCUGGUAUAUUCUGAGCCUUUAAUGAUGUAUUAUCCAGGCUCUCAACAAGACAAGUUGGAUUCAAGCUUUAUUGCUAAGCAGUCGUGGGGUGCAACUGAGGCAGCUUCUACUGUACGGUCUGAAUUCACUCGGUAUCCAGAGCUCUUAAAUCUUCAGUUUACCGAUGAAGAUAUUCUUGAGAUGGAUGAUCUUGGCACAGGGCCUGUGCAGUUUCCCCCAGCAAGUGACAGGAUCUCAGGGAAUGCCCAGCUGAGAGAGCAUGAUGGGUUUGAUAUGUUUAAUGACUCUGACCUCUUCCUUGGUGAUUUUACAUCUAAUAAUCAAAUAGUAAAUCCAUCUCAGCAUCAAAGGCUGCUGGAAAAUGGUUUUGUUGGCCAAUCCCCAAAUUCUGUACAUACUUCUGGGAAUGAGAUGUGGAACUUCGGAGCAAAAAAUUGUUUUCACAACUCCACAGAGAGAUACAAAGGAACUAUGCCUUUACCAGUGACAGGUACAUACUUGCAGUUUCAAUGCUGAUUCUUCUGCAGUUCUGCCUGCCCAUGUGUGGAGCUUUAUAUUUUUCUGAGCGGCAUUAUUUCAUCAUAUAUAUCGGUGAGUUGGAUAGUUCCGAUCUGCUGAAUACAGAUGAACUGAUUUCCAAACUGGAUAUUGUAUUUUUGUUUCUGUAUUUGUGCAUGUAAGUUUUUUUCACCAUUCUAAAUGUAUUAAUCCAGAAAAUGUAGGGGGGGGGGUAAUGGACUAAUGGGUAUGUUGUGUUUGACUUGGAGAAGGCAGCUUGUCUUUGGAAGGCUUUCCAACUCAUUGAAUUUGAUGUUUUUGCUAACAUUAGAUUUUCUGGGAUUUCUAUAAAUAUGCUGGUGUUUCUACAAAUAUCGCUUCCAACCAU